GGCCACUCGCGAGACAAACAACGUGGGGGCCGCGGGCUGUUCACUGAACGAGGCAGCCAGGCUCUCGCCUGUUCGUUCGUUCGUUCGUUCGUUCGUUCGUUCGUUCGUUCGUUCGUUCGUUCGUUCGUACGUUCGUACGUACGUACGUUCGUACGUACGUUCUCUCUGCUGGCAUUCGGCGUGUGCUUCGUUUCCGUCCGUCGCUCUCCGUGUGUUAGCUCUCCGCUCGGUGUGUCGGAUUUAUCGAAUCUCGUGGCGGCGUCCGUCCACGGAUAACCGGCGUGUGGUGUUCCAACGUCGCAAGUCAGCCAUCGAUCGUGCGCUUCUCGUUCGCGUUUUAGUUGGACGGAUAACGGUGCGAUAACGCGGUCGGAAAGCGCGGAUCGAUCGGAGGAACGGAUUUCGUUUCCAGUUUUUUUCUUUUCUUUCUUUUUUUCUAUAUAUACCGUAUAGUGCGACUCAAGGCCGAGACGAACGUGUUUUGGGAGGAUACGUGUCGGUGGUCACACCGACCGGCGGCCUGUGCGUCGUCGUCCAUCGUCGCGUUUCCCACACGGCGCACGUGAUUCUCCUCCGCUUAAUUUUAUGCGUCGUAUAAAACCUCGUCGAAAUCUAUCGGCGAAUAAUCAAUAACGCUUUUGUUGCGGGACGACGCGGGAUAAAGCGAAAGAUCGUUCGAAUUAUAAUAAUAAUCGUGCGUUCUCGCUCGCUCGAUUUGUUUUGUUUUGCUUCGGAACGGCGUACGAACGGAAAGUUCGGAGAAUCGAAAUACGUUUUAUUUACGUGUACGGAUUAUACGGCGUAUAUAUAUCGGUGGAUUAACCGUGUUGAUAUUUCGCCCCUCGUGUUUCGAAGACGUAAUAUUUGGAAGGAGAGUUCAGUUCGAUACGCACCGUUCCCCGACGAUGACGCGUAAUUGUGCUUCGUGCCGUAUUAAUAGAAAAUCGAUCAGUGUUAGCUGGUGCACGUGAAAAUUGUGGUGAUUUGUGAUCGAGAGGGAGGAAGGGAAGAGGGGGGAAGGACAUACCUUGGCGGGUCGUCAACAGGUGUACGCCUUGAUGAUACACCGAUGAGACGAUGGAGAUUGCUGUUAACAUCCGUGUACAGUGAAGAGGAGGUGCUGUUGCGUUCUCGCGUGAAUCAUUAGUUUCUUGCUGCGGUUCGCUACCACGUGAGUCAGUGGUGUAUACUUCCCAGGCUUCUGAGACAAAGUGACAUGGCUUGUUAAUGGACACAUCGGUGAGAACCCGUUCGACAACGGUUCGUGGGGAAAGGAGCAAUUCCAGCCAUCGACGGUUCCUUGGCAGCUGAAUCCGCGCGGCCACGCUCGUCCCAGUGACGAUGGCAUAAUGGAUCAUGACACAGACGGAGACGGAGCGAUCAACUUGUCAACGUCACAGCGACCCUCCGCCGCCACCACCCCUAACGGUGACACCCCCUCGUACGGCCAAGAUCAACAAGACAACGACCAGGCUACUUCGCUGUUUGCAGCCCUGAAGCAGCAACAACAGCAACAGCAACCGCGCGACACUGUCCCCUCGUCGAGAGAGCGCGAGAAUCGAGAUCGAGAUCGACUGUCGGUCCGUAACCGUGAGAACAACCGGAACGAGAUAGGUGGUGGCGUGACGGAACAAUCGCAGCCAACGCAGCAACAGCAACAGCAGCAGCAGCAGCAACAGGAGCUCACGAUCGAGUAUCAGAGCAAUGGAAAACUCAGUCCCGCUGGGCACGCAGUGACAGCAGCACCCAUGACCCAGCAAAAGCAGCCUAUCAUCACGCAGCAAUCGCAACAGCCGAGCUCGGGGGCGCCUGGUCCCCAACCGAGUCCUCAUCAGAGUCCGCAGGCCCCUCAGAGGGGUUCGCCGCCAAAUCCUUCGCAGGGUCCCCCGCCGGGAGGGCCGCCAGGGGCACCACCUUCGCAAAAUCCCUCGCAGAUGAUGAUCAGCCCGGCUAGCGGCAUCCACCAGAUGCAACAACUGCUGCAACAACACAUACUCAGCCCCACCCAACUGCAAUCCUUCAUGCAGCAACACUCGCUCUACUUACAACAGCAACAACAGCAACACCAUCAGGAUUCCUCGUCGGAACAUGCGUCCAAUCAGGAACGAUUCGGCUACUUUUCGUCCCUGAAAGACCAUCAACACCAGUUCGCCGAGCUGGGUAGGAAGAAGCUGGAGCAGGCGAUACAGCAACUGCAGGAACAGUUGCAGUUGAACGUGAUCCAGCAGACGCAUCUGUUGCAAACGGCGGACAAGAAGAAGGCGUCCGCCCCGCUUCAGCAAUUGGCGCUUCAACAGCAACGUCUGAUACAGCAACUGCAGAUCACGCAGAGCCAAUAUCUUCUUCAACAGGGUCUGGGUCUUCAGGGUCACAAUCCUUCUUCGGGUCUCCAACCUGGCGAAGGGCUACCAAUGUGGAAAUCGGACACGUCGGAUGGUCCGGAAUCGCAUCAGAACUCGAACGUUCCAAAAUCCGUGGCUGGACUCAAUGGACUUCUCAAUUCGACAGUGUCGAGUCGGCGGUCGGAUAUGAACGGAACCACUCCAUUGGACGAGAAACCGCUGGACGUUUCCUCCAACGACAAGGUUCAUCCCCUGUACGGUCAUGGGGUCUGUAAGUGGCCGGGCUGUGAAGUUAUUUGUGAAGACUAUCAAGCAUUCCUUAAACACUUGAACACGGAGCACACGCUGGAUGACAGAUCGACGGCGCAGGCCAGGGUCCAGAUGCAAGUGGUCUCGCAACUGGAGAUCCAGUUGCAGAAGGAACGGGACCGGUUAACCGCUAUGAUGCAUCACCUGCACGUGGCGAAACAAAUGGCUUCCCCCGAACCGCCAAAAUCGUCCGAGUCAUCGACGGGCUCGAGUAUACCAAAGUUAAAUCUCUCCACCGCUCUGAUGAGCCAGCCACCACCGAAUUUCGGUGUCUCUCAAGUGUCUCCCGUCUCGAUGUCCGCUUUGGUGUCAGCGGUCAGGUCACCAGCAGGUGGACAACUGCCACCUUCGGCCGGAGCACCUAUGCCACCCAUCCCUAACAUGUCCAACAUGUCAGGGAUGCCUCCGUUGCCGAAUAUGCCUGGUAGCAUGCCCACCAUGCCUACCAUGCCCAGCAUGGCGGGGCCCAUCAGACGACGUAUCAGUGAUAAAUCCGCGCUUUCCUUGGCAGGAGGACUGUAUGACGAGGGCACUGUAAGGCGCAGAGUAGCCGUCGAUAGAUCUGGAAUAGAUAUUAACGAAGAAAUUCAACGAAAUAGGGAAUUUUACAAGAAUGCCGACGUCAGACCGCCGUUUACAUAUGCAUCAUUAAUUAGACAGUCGAUCAUCGAGUCGCCGGAUAAACAGUUGACCUUGAACGAGAUCUACAACUGGUUCCAGAACACAUUCUGCUACUUCCGGCGCAACGCAGCAACGUGGAAGAACGCGAUCCGCACCAAUCUAUCAUUGCACAAGUGUUUUGUGCGCUAUGAGGACGACUUCGGGUCAUUCUGGAUGGUGGACGACGCCGAGUUCGUAAAGCGGCGGCAUCUGUCCCGCGGCCGCCCCAGGAAAUAUGACCCAACCCCAUCACCCACUCCACCCCACCUCUCCGCACAGGGUGUCCCGUCGAAAAGUCCAACCCUGACGCAUAGCCCGACCAUGUACGGUGAUGCAUUAAACGCCAAUCUCCAGUAUUUCCAGGCGGCACUCGGGGACUCUAAUAUGGGAUUUCUAAACAACUCGAUGUGCACGUCGACGACAACGAGUCCCGACAAGGAGCACGUGUUAGCCCAUAACGAUUUAAUGUCACCGUUGGAUGAACCAGCCGUGCACAUAAAGCAGGAGGGGCAAAGCCCGGAGGGUGGAAAACUGACGAGAUUAAUAAAACGAGAGCUGGUUGACGCGCCCGCGGAUCAAGAGGGUGAUGACGAUCAGGUGGACGAGAGGGAGUAUCCAGAGAGUCAUGGGCACGAUUCCGGACAGGACGAGGACAUGGCCGAAGACUUGUCGAUGGCGCCCGACAUAAUGACCCCGGAGGAUCAGAUCGAGGCGUAGUAUCGCACCUCGAGGAGCGAAUAGAUUCGAGCUGUCGCGUCGAAGUACGAUCGUGAUGGAAGAAGAAAAAGAAGAAGAAGAAUAAAAAGCAGCUUCUCUUCCUCCUCGAUAGAGAGCCAAGAUCAGGGAAACCAGAGGCGCGCGAAUGUAUGGAAUGAAUGAAGAGAGGGAGGAAAAAGGAAAAGAAACGAAAAGAGGAAGAAAAAGAAGAAUGGAAGAAGAAUAGGAGAAGAAGACGAAGGCCCAGCCAGGACCACCCAGCCCUCCACUCCUCCUUCGUAAGAGAAUCCCCAUUUAUCAUAUCCAAGGCCGUGAUACGUUUUAUCGAGGCGGCUUUUAAAAGGUAAAGGCGAGAGAAGAAAACGUUCAUGUACUGUGCGUGAUCGAUCGCGACGAAACGUCGAACUCGAGAGAAAUAUCGGCGAAUAUCGUGAUAUAGGCGGCGCGAUCCUUCGAUCCAUAUCCUUACUCAAGCAAUUACGAACAACGAUGUAUUUUAUGUUCUCCAAUUCCGUUUCGUUUUCGGAACCGCGGUUAAUAUCUCUAUAUAAAUAUAUAUAUAUAUAUAUACAUAGAAAUAUAUAUAUAUAUAUCUUUCUCUCUCUAUCUUUCACUUUCUCUUUCGUGUACAUUGCAUUAACGAAUGAAUCGUUGAGAUGAAAACGAAUAGCAUCCGCGAUUGUUCGUAGCGUUUCGGCGAAUAAAUGUUAAUCGAUGAUCCUUUCACGAAUGUACAGGGGAAAAGAGAAGUGUUUUUCCCGCUCCUGACUCGUUUUCCGCUUUCGAUAUCGUGUCAGCACUCGCGUGUACGGCUGCGUUUCUGCGUGUGCUAAUCGCGUCUAUCAUUUUUGGACCAAUUUGGAUAGAUAUUUAAAAAAAAAGAAAAAGGAAAGGAAAGGAAUAUUUUAUUUAGAUGAAAGGUAAUUACGAUCGAUAUCAUUUUUUACGGAAGAGACUAUUCACUUUUUCUAAAUUUCUUGCAUGAUUCUUCCUGUUAAAAGAAGAAAAAAAGAAGGAAGACGCGUUCGAGGGGGCACGCAGAAUGUCUCGAAGAUGAUAAUGAAAGGGGCGAACAGGUAGGGAAGGUUGGAAUUAAACUUAAGGAGUAAAUAAAGAAGCUGUGGUGUGGGCAGUGUUCUGGGUACGCGCGGGAACUGACUGACGCUUUAGUCUUUAAUAUAUCGUUCGUGGUAAAUUAAGAAUUUCGCGAGUAUCAAAAAUGUCUAUUAAAAAAAAAAGGAAAAAAAGAAAAAAAGAGAAAAAAGAAAAAAGAAGAAAAGGAAAAUUAAUUUCCUUAUAUCAAAGGUGGAAGUUAAACUUAAGGAAAACACGUAUGAAUCCGCGUAUGAAACACGGAUCCCGAUCCCGGCGUACCCGUUUGCUGCUCUCUUGCUAAUCACUGUAUAGUUUAGGUCAAAUUAAAUGUAAGUAGUGUCGUAAACGAUCGACGAUCAUAGACGUCGACGAGAUUCGUGUGCGUCGAGAUAAAACGUACACGCCGGUGCUACAAUAUAUUCAUAGUUUUACCAAACGAAAAUAUUCGUUCGCGUCGUGAAAUUUUUGAACGAAUUUGUGAGUAACGAAAACGAGAUCGAGGACAGUCGGUCGAGAAGGAGUGACGAAAAAUGAUGGGAUUAAAAGGUAAAAGAAAAAGAAAAAAAAAGAAGUAGAAGAAGAAGAAGAAGAAGAAGAAGAAGAAGAAAGCGGAUGCCGUGAACGCACUUAUAAAUAAAUUAAAAUUACUCUGUACGCAUAUACAUAUACAUAUAUUAAUUACGUAUACGUAUCUCGGAAAUUAUAAGGAAAUUAGAUGUCGAUGGCCCUGUUCUUCGUUCUCCAUCCAAAAGAUCCUUCAGAGAAAUCCCCUCCCCCCUUCCCCUGUUCGAUCUUUUUCUCCCUAGUCCCGCGUAAGUUCAAGCUCGGUUCCGAAUUUUUAGAAAAAUUGGGACUGCGUCCAAAAAUCGAAAGGAACGAGAAGAUAAACAUUUUGAGGGGCCGUUACUCGUCGAUCUUCGACCCCCCCCCUUUUACGUACGUACACGCGUUCGAACACAUUUUCAUACAUACACACGCAUACAUACACGUACACGUACACGAACAUGGACACACGAGUUAAACGAAAGCGUGCUCAGGUCGGUACGAUAGAGAAUUAUCAGAGGUCUAUAUCGUUCGUUGGUCGCUUGGUAUCGAAUCGUAAUUUAUUAUUUCAAUGGUCGUUGACGCCAUUUAAAUGUAUGUAAAAAAUCGUGCGUGCCGUUUUUAAUCGCGCUGCAGCGACCGGGAGACGAUCGUGUGUGAUAUUAUUCCGUUCGAAACCCGUAGCCAUAUAAUAUGUAUACAUGGUACAUAUGGUAUAUAUACACGUUUGUUUGUAAUAUUUUUGUAAAUUAUAUUCGUUCCCGGGAACGUGUUGUAGAUAGAUUUAGAGAUCGAUGAGCUCCGUUACAUUGUCAGGGUAUUAAUUGCUCGACGAACCAGACUCUUCCGUCGCUGUGGGGUGGUGCACAUCGUUUUCGUGUAUUCGUUUAUUAUACACGUGGAACCGCGAAGAGAUCGAUCGUUCUUUAAGCAUUUAUCGGGCGACAGUAAUCGUUUAAUCGCCGGUCGUAAGAAACGUCGAUCGACGUCGUCUGUGACACCUUUGCGUUUUAUUCUCGUUAGAAAGAUAUUAAUUCCGAUUACGAUUAUAUUAGCUCGACUCCAAUUAGUAAUAUUAGCAUGACGAGAAGCAUCGUGUCAAUCUUUUAUUAUUAGCGCUUGAUCAGUUUCAAUUUAUUUCAAACUUUUCGAUCGUGUCGCUCGAUUAUCUGGAAACGACGUGGCCGCGAUCGUUUUUCUUUUUUUUUUUUUUUUUUUUAAUAUUCUUUUUUCUUCUCUCUUUUUUUUUUUUUUUUUUUUUUAACAAUUCGUUCAUUCCUGCGUGUUAGACAUGUCUGUGUCCAUUCCGCGAAAUAAAAUAGUGGUUAGCUUUUAGGAUGGUUAAGUUAUCGUCCACAUUGAUUUCCCUUUUAUCCAUCGAUUCUCCAUUUUGUUCACGUGAUCCAUCAUCUUUCGACAUCCAUAACUCGUUGUUGGCGAGCGAUUGAAAAAAAAUUUUUUCAAUAAGAGAGAGAGAAAGGGAUCAAUCGAGGAAAACGCGUAGUGCGAGUGUGUACAAUUGUCGCGUGCGUCAUCGAACAUUGGAUGUUAUAAAAAUAGAAGAAAAAAAAAAAUGAAUAGGAGUAAAUAGAAAGAAAAUAAAUAGCAGGGAAAAAUAGCAGUGGAAAGUAAAGAUAAGUGUUCAAGGAUGAUAAAGUGAAAAAUGGCGAAUGGCCGGUGCCGUUUUGGGCUCGCUUUCACGUAAUGCUACUAUUACUAAUCUAAGUCUACAUGUAUUGUGUAUAAUGGUUUAAGGACUCGAUAUAACAUAGAAAGAUUCUUCUGUACAUAGUUGAAAAAAGAAAAAAAAAAAGAACUUUGUCGAGGCAUUAGGGAUUUGCGAAUAUUGCGUCAUUUUGCGGAUGAAUGAGUUUAUCGAUAGUGUGGUAUAUAAAAGUCUAUAUAUAUAUAUAUAUAUAUAUAAAUAUAAAUAUAAUUAUAUAAAUACAUACACGAACAACACGCACACACAAGCACACAUAUAUAUACGCACACACACACACACACAUACAUAACACGUACAUACAAUACAAUUGCGCGUAUCCCGGCUGCAUUUAAUUUUUACUUUUGAAAUCUCAAAUUUUUCCAAGAAAAAUAACGAAAAGAAAAUAAAGAAAAGCGACGACCGUCGAUUCUCACGAGCCGGCAGCUCGAACGAAGAAACUUUCUCGUUUUAUCGUAUCACGAUUGGUCGUGUCGCGAAUAAAAGAUGAAUGACGAGAAGAAAAAUAAAGGUGAAAAAGAAAAAAAAAAAAAUAAGUAAAGAACAAAGACAAGGUUUGAUCGAUCGAUUUCGAGUGGACACGAGGUUCUUCAAAAUCGAUUCACGUAGCACGAAGAUCGUGGUUUUUUUUUUUUCGUUUCACGAAUUUUUUUCUUUUUUUUUUUGUAUAGUAGUUGCUGUUACUUUACGAAUAUUCUAUAUUGUACAUGUUUAAACGUUCCCUGUUAUGUUUGUUGUAUAUUUUCGUAUAAGUCUGUAAAAAAAACUAAUUAACGAAUAUUUGAAUAUUUUUCGUACGAAGAACGUACGAAAGACGGGAUUUAGCGUUAUUAAUUCACUGGUUCAUCGAAUCUUCACAUUUUAUCGGCUCAGAUAAUACUUCGUGAAGCGAUUUCUUUCUUUCUUUCUUUCUUUCUUUCUUUCUUUCUUUCUUUCUUUCUUUUUUUUCUUUUCUUUUCUUUUCUUUUCUGUUAUGUCAAUGAAUAAAACUUUGCGACGCGUUCGUUAUAUUACGAAGUAAUGACGAACCAGCGCGAUCAUAUCAAAUUAGAGGUAUCGAGUGAACAGUGCUGAAUCGAUAUUUUCGUUCGUUGUGGUGUUCCUUUCUUGUAGAUUUGAACGCAGUAAGUCAUCAUCAUAAUUAGAAAAUUUCUAUUUUUAUCGAGGAUAAAUUCGCGAGUCGAAAUAACUUGUUUAAAAUUAUUUCUUUACAUUGCAUGUGUUCACUCAAAAUUUUCGGGGAACAAGUAUGAAAUUACUUGGAUUAUUGGAACGUGGGGGAAAAAAAAAAUCUAUUUUUGAAUAGAAGAGUGAAAAAGAGGAAAAGGAAACAAUGUGUGUAUACAGGAAACGCGUUCGAGUCUUGAACUUUUUUCUUGCUCCUCGAACGAUUUCGAAUUGUUCAGUAUUAUCCUGUGCCGUAUGAAAACGAGGAAGUUCUUAAAUCUGAAAAUCCGAGCUCUUUAGGUCAUUGAAAAAUUCUUAGGAAUCCUUAUUGUCUGAAUUAUUUUAUUAAGUAUUGUAUGAUAAGUUGCCUUGUAAAAAUGUACCGAUUUUACCGAGAAAUUAAAUGUGUUACUAAAAGAAAUUCAAUCUCUGAACUGUUUCAUCGACCUUUUUUUUUCUAUAAAAAAAAAAAAGGUAGCGAAAUAGCAAUUUAUCGAUUUAUAAGUAGUUGUAAUUGUAAGUAACGAGAGUUAUCAUUUUCACUGUACUUUCUUUGUAUAAGACUGACAUCGUUUGUAUAUGCUUAAAAAAAAAAAAAAAAGAUAUGAUCUUGUUAGGUACGUCAAGAUUUAUACACGUAAAUUAAUGUGUCUACGAUUAUAUGUGUUUAGAUCACAGAAGGACUUAUAUCAUACUGUAAAUAGAACACUUAAGAAAUCGCAUUUUCUAGCUCGAAUUAAGCUUUAGAAUUAAGUCUUUAUCUAAUAGAAUCGUCUUGAAAAGAAUAUACAUACUUAAUAAAACAGCAAUUCGUGAACAUGAGGAUCCAAAGCUGUCUAAACUGUUUGUUUCCGAAUUCCUUGUUUGUCAUAUUUAAAUAAAAGAAUUGCAAACAAAA